UUAUAUAAAGCCAUUGCUCGUAUUGCAGAGGAGGACUAUCUGGAGGUAGAAGUUGCUCAGAAGCUUCGAGGAAUAUUGCGAGUCAUCUUGCUCGGAAUCCUUAGAGCUAUUGGAUUUCUGCUAUCGCGAGGACAACAGUCAAACCCUGAAGUUGUUAACCGCCCAGCUGCCCCAUUGGGGUUAUCAAAACUGUCUUUCGUUGGCGGUCAUGGCAAUCAUAAACCUUUUCUGCUCAUACCAUGUUGCCAACGGCUUCUGGCUGAGCUUUGGCAUGGAUCGCUUCGUGUGCGCAGUGUCACGUUUGUCACUAUGUCUGCAAUAACGGUAGACCCAGCUGCAGGGAACAGAUCGCAAUCGCUGUCAGCAAUGGCGAAGAUGCGUGCCUUCUAUUCGGCCCCGAUCACCAAAUUUUGGUCGUGGUGUAUAGCAUUUGUUAUAUUCCUCAUGUUAUCGUCUUAUGUGCUUCUUAUUGAGACGCCGGUGAAUCCCACCAACAUCGAGUACGCCACAUUGGCUUAUAUUGUCGUCUACACUGUAGAACAUAUUCGUAAGGUAAGUCUCUUCGAUCAGGAAACGCCUAAACUCAGGGAGAAGUGCCGUGUAUUCUACACAAAAUAUUAUAACCUCUUGACUGCCACAGCUUUGCUGCUAUUUCUGGUCGGGUUUGGAUUUCGUAUGCAACCUUCGAUGAGACACUCAUAUGGUCGUGUCAUACUGUCAUGCAGUAAUGUGUUGUGGUACAUGAAGGUUGCUUCAGUGCUUGAAUACCUUUCUGUUCACCCACUGCUUGGUCCGUACAUCCAAAUGGCAGCCAAAAUGGUCAUAUCAAUGUGCUACAUCAUCGUCCUCCUUCUGGUGACAUUGAUGGCUUUCGGUGUUUCUCGACAGGCGAUCACUUACCCACACGAGAAGUGGAACUGGCUCCUUGUCAGGAACAUCUUCUACAAGCCAUAUUUCAUGUUAUACGGUGAAGUAUACGCCGGAGAAAUCGAUACGUGUGGAGAUGAAGGCAAGUCAUUUCCCUUUCGAAAGUUGUCCUUUAUUUUUGCCAUUUUCCUUUACAAUUUAGCAUGGAAAGCGUUCAGAAAGGGUGGGACGUCCGAAGGGACAAACUGUGUACCUGGUGGAUGGAUCCCGCCUGUGUUGAUGACAAUCUUCCUGUUGGUGGCAAAUAUUCUGCUGAUCAAUAUGCUCAUCGCUAUUUUCAACAAUAUUUUCAACGAUACCAAUAUCCGCUCACACGAAGUAUGGCUGUUCCAGCGCUACGGGCAGGAGAUGGAAUACAAUGACACACCAUUACUUCCACCUCCAUUUACGAUAUUGGCCUAUAUUACGCGCCUUCUUUGUUUCUUUUCAAAGAAAAAGCCGUUGAAGACCGGUAAAGAGCGAGAUGAUGUCGUCGCGAAAUGUUCUAUGAGGGUUAUACCUGAGCGCGGAAGAGUUACGGGAAUUGCAUGA